GCCUAGAGCGGAAAUAGGGGCGGGCUCUCUUCCAGCGGGCGUCAUGGCGGAGGCGGCACUGGACUCUGUGCGGAGGGCGUUGCAAGAGUUCCCGGCUGCGGCUCGCGACCUCAGUGUAUCUCGUGCUGUGCCCUACCUAGAUGGGCCCCCAAGUCCACUGUGCUUCUACCGGGACUGGGUGUGCCCCAAUAGGCCCUGCAUUAUCCGCAAUGCGCUGCAACACUGGCCAGCCCUCCAGAAGUGGUCCCUCUCCUACUUAAGAACCACAGUGGGCUCCACAGAGGUGAGCGUGGCUGUGACCCCAGAUGGCUAUGCAGACGCUGUGCGAGGGGACCGGUUUGUGAUGCCCGCAGAAUGUCGCCUGCCCAUGAGCCAUGUGCUGGAUGUGUUGGAGGGCCGGGCGCAGCACCCAGGAGUCCUCUAUGUGCAGAAGCAGUGCUCCAACCUGCCCACCGAGCUGCCCCAGCUUCUGCCAGACAUUGAGUCCCAUGUGCCCUGGGCCUCUGAGUCACUGGGAAAGAUGCCUGAUGCCGUGAACUUCUGGCUGGGCGAGGCAGCUGCGGUGACUUCCUUGCACAAGGACCACUAUGAGAAUCUGUACUGUGUGGUCUCCGGCGAGAAACACUUCUUGUUACAUCCUCCCAGUGACCGGCCUUUCAUCCCCUAUGAUGUGUACACACCAGCAACCUACCAGCUGACCGAAGAGGGCACUUUUAGAAUGGUGGACGAGGAGGCCAUGGAGAAGGUGCCCUGGAUCCCACUGGACCCCCUGGCUCCAGACCUGGUCCGGUACCCCAGUUACAGCCAGGCACAGGCCCUUCACUGCACGGUGCGGGCCGGUGAGCUGUUGUACCUGCCAGCCCUUUGGUUCCACCAUGUCCAGCAGUCCCACGGCUGCAUUGCUGUGAAUUUCUGGUAUGACAUGGAGUAUGACCUCAAGUACAGUUACUUCCAGCUGGUGGACUCCCUUACGAGGGCCGCAGGCCUUGCUUGACUGAUGGGACCCUCACAGACACUGCAGAGGACAGCCCGUGUUGGGGGUUGAUUCUAGA